AUGAGCAUGCUCGAACGCUUAGCGAGGUAUAAUCAGGGCACCAGAUCCCGCCGCGAUAUACCAAAACUAAAUAUAAAACCCAAACCCGGAGGCAUCAAUGACGAUGGACAAGACCGUAGCUUUAUUAGCAGGCAACGGGAAAUCGUGAACCAGAUCCUAAGCCCGACCGUCAAGCAUUUCGGGUUUGACGGGGCCAGUACCUUGCCAUUCAGCAGGAAAUCGUCGCCUCCAAGAGCUCGAACGACUGAUUCCCCAGAAUCGUCCGAAUCCGACUUCGACUACGACCGGGUCGCCCUGCUCGACCUCUCGGACUCGGUCCGGGCCAGCCUGCAGCACGACAAGACCAUCGGCCCGGACUACGACAAGCUGAGCGAGUUCCUGGAGGCGGCGCUGCGGGACGAGGAGCUGAGGCAUCCCGGGCUCGACUUCGAGACGGUGGAGUACGCGCGCCUGGACAAGCUGCUGGCGGAGCUGCUGCAUCAUGCCGGGUCGCUACGGAUCGGCAGCGGGCCGACGAGCGGCGGACUGGGGGCGGCGAUGGCGCUGGUGACGCCGAUCCGCAGCACGCACGAGACGCACAACCCGCACAUCGGCACGUGGACGAGUAGGAACAGCCACGUCGGGGCCGGCCGCAAGCGGGCCGGGUCCGUCGAGCUGCCGCCCAGGUACCGCGCCGACCUCGCCGCGGCUAAGAACCUGCUGCGCGCGUGGCGGCGGCGGUUUCGCGAGCAGUACUUCAUGAUGGACCAGCACCGGUGCGCCGUGCUGGUCAAGGGCGGGAGGCUGAAGGAUGUGAGCUUUGAUAGCUCGCUGACGUACGAUCUGGGGAAGUGGCAUACGAAGGUUAGCGAUCCGAUUUCGGAACUCGAGAGUAAUCUGGGGUUUGAGACGGGACACUGGUGGCUGAAUAUUACGUGCGCCGAGCGCGACGGCAUAGUGGCGAGCUCGUUCGAGAUCCCGACGAAGGGGCGCUACGGAAUUACGACGCUGCCGCUCAUGACGGGCCAGGAGGAGAUGAUGCGCCCGAAUACGUAUAAAUACGUGCGCGAGGGCAGGGCGCCGGACAUGCACAUCGCUCUGAUUUCUCAAGUCGGCCGGCAGAUCCGAGUCCUUCGGGGCUACAGGUUGAAGAGCAUACUCGCGCCACAGGCUGGCGUUCGGUAUGAUGGGCUUUUCACCAUCAAGCAAUACGGAUUCAGACAAGAUAGCAAGACGGGUGCCUACCGCCUCGAGCUCACCCUCGAGCGCAUGCCGGACCAGAAGAAGUCGCUAGAGGAAAUUAGGAAGAUCCCGAGGCCGUCUCAGCUCGACGACUGGAACUUGUACGAGAAGCUGGAAGGGGACAAGAUUAAGUUACUGCAGGGAGAGACGACUUACUUGGAAUGGAAGCUUAGACGUCAAGAGGAAAAUAUAGAAAGAGAGGACUGGAGGAGGGCAAGGCUGUUUAAAGCUUCCUUUUCUCAUUAAAUGCUGGUCCUGGUCGGGCUCGAUGUAUUGUUGGCUUAAGCCUCGAGAAUAGGGGUGAACGAUGAUUAUGACUACUUAGGUAAUUCGAACCUAUAAAAGUUCUCUCGCUUUAACAAUUUGGUUAUAAAAACCUUUCUUCACUUCUGAACUCAUCAUCUGUGCCUUUUGACUAUAUUUUUUGUGGCUUGUAGCUCUGUCG